GGUCUAGUUGUGUCUGCUCUGCGCAGCGCAGCGCCUGCGAGCGGAGGGAGUCGGUGAAACGCAGCGGCGGUUCCAGCGUGUGCGGCUUCGGUAAUGAUGCACUAAACCUGCCUGCUCAUUCAUACUCUCACAACCCAAGCAGAAAUACCAAACAGCAACAUCUCCAUUGUGAUUAAUUCUUCCCGGUUUAUCCGUUGCUGCUGAACUCGGCUUAGAAAAGAAGGUUUAAUGAAAGAGAAAGACAAGAAGCGCUCGGCAACGUUACGACUGUUUUUAUUUUCAUCCCAUUCUGAAUGACGGGCGGACGGUUCGACUUCGACGAUGGAGGCACUUACUGUGGCGGAUGGGAGGACGGGAAAGCCCACGGACACGGCAUCUGCACGGGACCCAAGGGUCAAGGCGAGUACGCAGGGUCCUGGUCCCACGGUUUUGAGAUAGUCGGGGUCUACACCUGGCCCAGCGGGAAUACGUACCAGGGCUACUGGUCGCAGGGCAAACGCCACGGGCUGGGUGUUGAAACCAAGGGAAAAUGGGUUUAUCGUGGGGAGUGGAGUCACGGGUUCAAGGGUCGAUAUGGAGUUCGGCAGAGUACCAAUACACCUGCUAGAUACGAUGGGACGUGGAGUAAUGGACUACAGGAUGGCUAUGGAGUCGAAACCUAUGGGGAUGGUGGCACAUAUCAAGGCCAGUGGAUGGGUGGCAUGAGGCAUGGCUAUGGUGUGCGACAGAGCGUGCCUUAUGGAAUGGCAACCAUUAUCCGCUCUCCGCUUCGCACCUCCCUGGCCUCCCUAAGAAGUGUGCAAAGCAAUGGUGCUGUUCUGCAGGAUGCGGUACCCGACACACCAGUUGGAAGCCGUGGUGGUUUCGUGCUGAAUUUUCACAGCGAUACCGAAGUCGUCACCGGGAAGAAGAAGGGCCUGUUCCGCCGUGGGUCCCUCUUCGGCAGCCUCCGCCAGCUACGUAAAUCUGACUCCAAAACGUCCAUCUCUAGCAAACGGAGCUCGGCGCGUAGCGACGCCACCAUGAGCCGCAUCAGCUCCAGCGACGCCAACUCCACCAUCAGCUAUGGAGACGGAGAGGUGCCCGAUGAGUACACCUCCAUGGAGGACCAUGUGGACGCCACCACCACAGAGUCAUACAUGGGCGAGUGGAAGAAUGACAAACGCAAUGGGUUUGGAGUCAGUGAGCGAUCCAGUGGGCUGAAGUACGAAGGGGAAUGGAUGAACAACAAGAGACAUGGAUACGGAUGCACAAUAUUCCCAGAUGGAACCAAAGAAGAGGGGAAGUAUAAAAAUAAUGUGUUGGUGCGUGGGAUAAGGAAGCAGCUUAUUCCUCUUAAAAACCAUAAAACUAAAGAAAAAGUGGACAGGGCUGUGGAGGGGGCUCGAAGGGCGUCAGCUAUCGCCAGGACUAAAGUGGAAAUAGCAGUGUCAAGGACAACCCACGCAAGGACUAAGAGUGAAGCAGCAGACCAGGCCGCACUUGCAGCAUGUCAGGAAUCAGACUUAGCCAGAGCUGUGGCUUAUGAACUAUCUCCAAGCUUCCAUCAGCCAGAAAGGCGCCGCAGCCCUUUCUAUCGGCGCGGCACGACUCCAAGCCACUCUCCUGCCCAAAGCCCGACCCCAUCACCUCCUCUCUCCCCUCAUCAGAGCCAGCCACCCAACCCCAGCGCCAGCACCAGCCGGAAGAUAAGCAAAGACAACAGCAGCGUAGCCCGAAAGAUAAGCAAGGACAGUAGUAGUGUUGCUCGCAAGAUAAGCAAAGAAGAGAGAGCCUCGAUUGUGGCAGAGAUCACCAAAGUAUCCACCCCUCUUCCUGUACCGGCCAUCAAGCUACAGGACGUGCCCCCACCAAAGCCCCCCAAGGCCCCUGAACCCCAGCCCAAACCUGCCAGCACAGGUAAUGGGCAGCUACAUGCUGCUUAUCACAGUUACUAUGUGAAGCCGGUGGUGAAGUUGCCUCCACCAGAGGAACCAGAAGAUGAAGAGCCUGAGAUGACACAGUCUAGCCUGGCCAGGAUGCCUCCACCACCCAAACUGGUCAGGACGUCCACUCCCAAACCAGAGUCCAAGAUCAGGAAACAAGAGUCUAUUAUUUUUGUUUUGCAGUUAUUUCAGGUUGUGAGGCUCUCUGUGAGCCUCCCUGAUCAGCUGUUCUUGAGCCUGGUAGCUCCCCUCCCUUUGAGGGUCGCUAUGCUGAGAUCAUAG